UGGGGCCGCGGCCUGGUCCCGGGCCGGAGCCGCAGCCGGAGGCGCCGGGCCGGCCCUGCCGAGGCGGGCAGAGAGCGGCCGGGCCGGUGGGGACCCUCCCGCCCCCCUCGGGGCAGGGAAAGCCGGCUUCGUAAACAAUGGAGUCAGACGUAAAAGUGAAUGAACAUUUUAAAAGCCAGUUUAAGGCUUAUCAAGAACAACAGCAAAGGCGGCUGCAAAAUCUAAUGGAGAGGAAGAAAGAAAAGCAGAACAGUCAGAAGGGUGAUAAUGGCAACGCAGAGGAGACUUUCAGAAUCCCGAAUGAUCUAAACCUGUUUGAAACAGGACAACCUGUAAAGGAAGAUGACUGCAAAAGGUUGCUUGAGGUUGAAAAUGAACAGCUCCAGGAUCAGCUUCGAGAGGUCCGAGAUGAGAACUGCAGACUAUACAAACUGGUGACGGAGAAAGAUUUUGAAAUAAAGCAACUCCAGAAAAAAAUACAGGAGGACAGAUUGGCUUUGUCGGGGGCGUCUGGUUUAGCUGGAGAUGUUGCAGCUACUAAAAUAGUUGAAUUGGCCAAAAAGAAUCGUGAGAUAACUGCCGAGACUGAGAGUGAAAAAGCCAAAGUGAAGCAACUGAAUAAUAAAGUCAAAGAGCUGGAGAAAGAACUACAGACAGCGGUAGAAAAAAUACAUUCUCUUGGUGGUGGUGAUGCAGGAAUCAAACAAUCAACUCUGAAGAUGAUAGAAGGAAACUUGGCUGAAAGUCCAGAGGUGAAAGCAUUGCAGGAAAAAUUAACCACAGCCAACUUCAAAGUGAUGGAGUAUCGUAACCAACUCCAGUCUGCAAAACAGGAACUGAAGAUGACCCAAAAGCUUUUAGCAAAUGAGGUUGGCGAGGAUGUGAAUCUUCAAAGCCUCUUGACCAAUUCUGGCAGCUGGCGUGGACGAGCCCAGCAAAUUCUUGUUCUCCAAAGUAAGGUUCGAGAGCUGGAGAAUCAGUUAGGUCAAAACAAGACCAGAACAUCACUGAGAGAGAUUGAUGAGGAGUUGCUGGUCCUUACUGAUCCAAGGAAGUUGUCAGCCCAAGAGAAGAACUUGCUGAAGAUUCGCAGCUUGGAAAAAGAAAAGAAAGAAACUUUGGAGAAACUCACUGGGGAACGUGAUGCUCUCCAAAAAAGUCAUGAGGAAGUGAAAAAAAAACUUGAUGCAUCGAAAGCCAGGAAUAAAGUACUGGGCAGCGAAGUGAAAACCCUGAAGGGACAGAUCGUAACCUUGCUGGAGAAAGGAAAACACGACGAUGAGCUCAUAGACGCCUUACUGAGCCAGCAGAAACAAAUGCAGGAGAUCUUAAAGCACCUGAGCCAGCAGGACGAGAAGAACAAAGAGUCCCAGCAGAUACUAGGACAGCACUUGAACAGUGAGGUUCAGAAACAAAACUGCCUUAUAGAGCAGCUCAGGCAGAUGGUGGCUGAACGAGAAGCAAAGGUUAAAGAGCUGGAAGAGGAGAUUGGGCAACUCACACUUCAGAAGAAAUCUGCCCAUCAAGGGGACGGUUCAGGAGCUGCUGAUACAACACCUUCUGAGCACUCAGAAGAUCCAGGUUUCACUCUGCUUAAGCCUCUGGCAUCAGGCAGCAAUCCGGCUGGAAGGAUUGGAUCUGCUCGCGCAGUGUCCAAGAUGGGCCAUACCCUUGUAGAGUCGGCGGCUACUAAGCCUUCCCUUCUCAGUAAUAACAUCACACCUGGAAGGCUUGCUGGCACUGACAGCCUGGAUUUGAAAGCGCUGCAGACCCAGAUCACGGAGCACAAGGCUCUCUGCCAGGCUGCUGAAGUGGAAAGAGACAGGCUUCUGGAACUGGUCACUGUGCUGCAGAAAAGGGUGGAGGAAGGCAGCGAUAAAGUCUUGGAAGCUGAGAAGAGGCUUCAGGAAGAGCGGCGGCGAUGUGUCAUUUUGGAACAGCAGCUUGAAAAACUGCAAAUGGAGCCAGGGAGGAACAAAAAUGCACAGAAACCUCCCCUGAGGAGCAAAACAGGCCAGUCUGCGAGUCACUCAAGACUCACCUUGAACAUGAGUGAUAGGAAGGAGCUCUCUGCAGCCCAGCUUUCCAAGUUGCCUCUAGAAUCGCAGAUAGAGGAGCUGAGCACGAGGCUUGUGAUCCAGCUGGAUGAGAACGAAGCUCUGAAGGCCGCUUUGGAGACUACUGUGAGAAAGAAAGAGGAAGACUUUAAACUGUAUCAGGACACAAUGGACCAAGUGAAGGAUAUCUUCUUACAGGCCAUUUGGCAGCAGAAACAAAAGAGUUAAGCAAGAUAUUGAGAGUCCUUUGGACUGCAAAGCAGGGAGGGAGCCCAGGCAUCGUGCCCGUGAAUUGAAAUGCAGUGACAGUGUAGUUUUGCAGCCUCACAUCGUGUCAUUUCUUUAGCCUUUGCAGAAGAGGAUGAGAAAUGCAGAUGAAAUACAAAAAGAGUGAAGGUUUUGCACAUCAGCAAAUUCUGUCUGUAAGAGUUAGCAAGCAGCUGCCUCUCAGAUUGCACAUACCAUUAGUCGGUGCAGUAUAGGAAGCUGCAAUUCUGCAGUGUGAUUUUGGGCAAAACCUCCCUAGUUUCAACAGAAUUUUCCUUGAGAAGGCUCGAUUUCCAUAUGCUGCCGCCUUUAUUAGCUCAUGAAGGAAUCUGCUCCACAAAAGUUAGGCCAGCCCCCUUCCUAAGUCAUGCCGGGAGCAGAGUUCUGGUUUUUAUCGGCACACUGAUACCUGUCUGUCUCAGGUUUUCUGUUGUACUUAAGUGCUGAGGGAGUGGAUUAGCCUGGCCUGUGAAUAUCUGCAAGCGAAGUUUGGGGAGGGCUCCAUUCACCAUUCCAACCUGUUUCUUUGCUUGCAAGGUACUGGCAGCAGAGUUCUCUGAAACUCAGUGGAGUUCCCACUGAACAGGUAGGCUGUGCAGAUUACCCCUGCAGUCAGUCAGACCUAUCUUAAAUGCAGCCCAUCCCAUACGAAACCUGCCAUCCGGGUUAUGAAUUCCCUAUUUUUGGGUCUCUGCAUUCAUCCAUCAGGCAGGUCCUUUUCUCCCUAGGAAGAAAUGCCAACAAAACGCAGGCAGGUCCUCACUGCAGUAGUGGAGGGACUUUUGGAGAUGCUGAAAACCUUUGAAUCUCUCUUCUUUUCUCUCGAAGCAUGGUGAGAACACCGAGCGCAAGCUAAUGAGGCAUUAACGUGCAGCCUGCCAGCAGCAAACUAGCCUUGGGGAUUACAAGCAAAUGGAGAGCUAGUCAUUUCUGUGUAGUGCUGCUUUGUUUCUCGGUUGAAAGUCUUGAAACCUCUUCUUUUUCUGCUUUGGUCAGCCUCUUUUUGUGUGUGUGAAGUUUGUCGGACUUUAACCCCAGCCACCACCAGUGCAAAGUGGAUUUGCAGCCAGGCGAGCCGCUGCUCCCUUCCCCAGAACAGACACGGCACCCUGACUCCGCUUGCGCUGCGAUAAGGCGGCGUGAAAAAGAGAGCAGAGCGCGAGUUACUCCGCGUGCGGUGAGGGUCGUGUCAUCCCGGUCUUUUUGCAGCUUAGGUUCAGAGAUGUCUCUCUUCAAAUAGUCCAUGGAAUCCAUGGAAUCUCUGAUGGAGGAGGUCACGGAGCCGAGGAGCUGAACUCUCAGCUCAGCGCCUGGGAGUUAACCCUCCCUGUACUCAAGAGCCCUGCUCCGCUCCCCCAGCGCUGGCCUAUUGCUCAGCAAAGUUGUCAGGUGUCUGUCUCACAAAAAGCGCAACCGAAAUGGUCCCUUGCCAAAUUCCUCCUGCUCACCCCACCAGUGGCAUCAGGGGAAAAGGCAUCUUGCAGCCCGCAGUCCUCUCCUCCCGACAACUCGACGAAUCUAAAUCCCGGAUCGAGAGACAGACACCGUCUCGUUCAAGUGAGCUGUGGUUUGUUUCUGUCCAACUCCAUCCUGAGGAUUACGUAGCAUGGGGUGGAGUGAGCAGGCCAAAGAGAAGAAAUCACCCCACCUCUGACUGACAUUUUAAGGACCUGCAGUAGUGACCAGAUCCCUUUGAAAAGCUGCCUGAGCCGUGGCAAAGGCGUGGAGGUUUUGCUACCCGGUGGCUGCUAAAUUCAGGCCGGUAGCUUGCGGCUGGAGAUUCUGAUUUCGCUUACGCAGAAGUGUGAAUCAAUAAUAUUUUCACAUAAGUACAGGAGGGGCAGUCUGCCGUCCUUUCUAACACACAGUCAGCGAUCGUCUCCUGUCCCGUGAUGAGGCAGUGAAGAUCAUACCACUCUCCAGCAAAAUUCUUCCCGGGGUGGCUGUGAAUCAAGCCAUGAAAUGCAGAUGAGAAACUGGGAGCGCUAUAUGUCACAGAACACAUAUGGCUCGCUAGCACGUGGUGCAAACCUCUUCUCAAGUGCUACAACACUCAUUUCUUUAAACAUAUGCUUGUUUGGGGUUGCACAGAAGCAUUUUCUCUUUCUCUUUCCUGCACAAACACGCACAGAGCGCCACCGGACACCUUGACAAAGAAGGUACUAAGACGUUCUAUGAUGGUUUAAUUAGAGAGCCCGUACCUGUAAGUAACUGUUUCUCAUGGAAAUGGGCAGUCUGUCACAGAGGUGGGGGGCAGGGGCUGAACACAGGCCAAAUUGUCCAGCUCUUCUCAGUUUUUGCCGUAGUUUUGAACUAAAUUCCAUCUGCGCUGCCACAGAGUGCCCUGCCUUUGAAUUCUCCCCGUGCCGACUCUUGCAGCAGCAUCUUCCCCGUUUCCAAAGUACGAGACCGUUUUUCUGGCAGCGCACGUCAUUUUGUCGCUGAGCCUAAGAACCCCUGACAGACCUUGGAAGCAGCCCCGUGUCCCCCAGCCCAUCACUCAGAGAAUAAAAACAGUGAAAAUAUUUUUUCUCACUGCCUGCAAAAGCCCAUGCCACUGGUCCUCAGCCACAGAAUCUCUCCGGCACGCUUGAUGUAUUGUUUGAGCUACAACAUUUCUUUUACGGAGGUAGCUGGGCUUGAUCCGAAACCCCCACAACCCCCUGCUUUCCCUGGAAGUUUGUCCUUGUGGAUAAUUACCGGCCUGUUAAAUUGCCGUGCUUCGAUUCUCAUUUGAAUUUCUCUGGCCUCAGUCUGCAGCCAGUCAUCGUUACACCUUUCUGCUAGAUAAAAGCAGUGCGUGUGCCCAGUGUUUCCUCACUGGGACAGCCUUCAUCGAGUGUAAAGUCACGUCACAGGCCGCUUCUUAAUAAGCUCUGCGUUUUUUCAGUCUCUCUUUGUAGCUAAUGGUGGUGACAAGGCAUCACUGGCAAGGCUGAUGGAUACAGUUAAGCUGCAAAGAACAGCGUAAGGUUAAUUUUGCUGCAAGUGUUUCAGGCUGUGGACGCUCCUUGUUAGGAUUUGGCCAGCUUUUAGCCAACGUGCGCUAAGAAUACGAGUCCUCCAAAUACUUGGGCUGAGCCAAAGGUUGUCUCCUACCCUGGAGCUGGGCAGAGCACUUCCACAAAGCAACCAUAAAGCGCCUGACGGAUGCAUCCGAUAUUUAAAACUACAGCUGAACCGCUGGCAAUAAAUGGCCUUUGAUGAAUUGCCGUCGUUUUCCUUUCGGCCUGGUGCAGGCAUGGCAAGAGUGCAGCUUCCCAAACUGGCCGUAACAUGAAUUAAGUUGCAUUAGUGUGGUUAAAUAUAGUCAGUAUCAACACAGGCGAGCUCUCCCUGCCCCGGGCUCAGCUCGGCCAAGCGGCAGAGGACCAGCCAGCAGCUCAAAGCUGAGCCCGCUCUUACAGCUCCGAUUUAGCCGUAGGCUGGGGCUGCGGGUGGCUCGUGCCCUCUCCAAAGCAGGACAGAGGCGCGGAGAGGAGACAGAUUUCAGUCCUUCAUGUAAGGGAAGUGGGGAGGAAGCUGGCGGCAAAGGGGAACUAAGUGGGAAACUGCUUUGUCAACCCUUCCGGCACUCGCAACCAGCAGCUGCUACUGUCCUGCAAGCCGCGGGGCCCUCUCCCCGUGCAUUACAAAAGGAAUGAGGUUCAGCUUUAAAUGGAAAAACACUCCAGCAGAGACCCGUGCUCUAAAUUAAGCCUCGACUGAGCCAAGAGGGGUAUUGGGUUUCUCCCCUCAUCCUCUCCCCUCCGAACCCAGCUCCGAGCCGGCUGCUCCUGCGGGACAGGGCGGCCUCGCUCAACAAAUGCCACCUCAAUCCCCACGCGUCUCCACUUACAGCUCCAAAACCCGUCCGCAGGCGGGGGGUGAAGCCCUGGGAUUUGGGAGCAGCUCGUUCAGCAACAGGAAUAGUUUACCUGCGGGGCGCAGGCAGCGCGAGGAGGGGCGCGCAUCCCACCGUGUCAUUGACCUAACCGGGAUCGUGAGGAGAGGAGCCGAGGGCUUUGGGCUUCGCCCCGACGCUGGGUUGUCCCUGCCAGGUGGUGGGACGGAGGCUUUCCCCAGGGCAGCGGGAGAUCCUGGGACCUUUGGUGGGGUUGGUGUGUGCCACGGGGGACAGGCAGAGCCGUUCUGGGGGUGCUGAGAGGGGUUCUUGGGGGUGACCUUGGGUGGAUCGCUGGCUGGAUGGGGCACACAUCCCCCUCUCCUGAGCUGUCCUGCGAGCAGGGAGGUGCCUGCUGAGGUCCUGGUGGGGUUGGCAUGUUCCCAGCAACACGUUCGCAUGGGAACCCAGUAUAAAACAACCCUCGUGGGUUAUUAUAACCCCCUCUCCUUCCAGUUCACCCCAUAAAGAGCUGCUCCAGCAGCAGGAAAACAGCAGGAUAAGGCAGGGAGCCAACAGCCGGGAGGAGGCUCCUUUGGUGUCCCCAUCAAACAUCUCCACUCUGUGCCGUGCCUGGCUGGAACGGAGCUGAGAGCCUUUCGCUGAGCCCCACCACCUUCCCACUCGCUUUCUCGGACACUAAAGAAGGGCCUGGUGUCAGGUCGUGUGCCACAACUUCCAGCAACCCGCCAGAUGUUUGAAAAAACUAUCCUUAAAAUCAGCUCGGAGCCAUGAACAAACAGCCCUGGGUCAUAAAGCAGCAGCGCUGGGGCAAUAAAACACAGGGGCAUCCCCUGUGCCGAGGAAGGCGCGCUGGUCACAUUAAAAAUAAAUCUUAUUAUAUUAGAAAUCAAGAGCAGGGUCUUUUUUUUUUUUUAAUUUUAAUAAUAUCUGUAAAUUAAAGCUAAAUGAUUUUUAUCA